AUGAAGUUGUUUCUGAUCUGCAUGGGAUUCAGCGCCGUUUUAGCUUGUCAAUUCAAAGGAAAGACCUACAAAAAUGAUGAAGAAUGGACCGAAAACGAGGCAUUCAAAAUGAAGUGCAAAAUUGAGCCGAACGGAGCAUGGCGAACAGAGGUGUCCGGAUGUCUCACUCCAGAUAAAGUUGUGGUGGAUGGCUUUGAAAUGGAAUGCAGGAAGCACGCCAACGGCACAAUAACCAUGGCUGCCAUUGACCGAGCGGUUGACGCGAAAUGCAAGGAUGGAGAGGGCAAGCAAAGGAAUCAAGGCGAGAAGUGGGUUGAGAACAAAUAUUUUGAGAAGGUAUGCAAACCCCGAGGCCGAGUCGAAAUCACUGGAUGCAGAGUAGACGGUGUCGAUCAACUGAUCCCACUCAAUGGCCAGGUGGAACACAAAAACCUUGUUUAUCAGUACGUUUUCCCAUUGAUACUGGGUCGCUGGACACCGGGAAUUACAUUUUCUGCUCAAUUUGAUGAAACUUCCGAGGUCAUGCAUUAA